GGUACAAGGCAGUGGCUGACGCGAUGCAGCCACUGGAUUCGGAGGCAGCCUUAAUAAAAAUCAGCCACUGUAAGAAAGACAUAUUCUGUGCCUAUGUGCCCAAGUACUGCCCUCUGUGUGGGCAGAGUGUGAGCUACAGGAGACUGGAAGAAGCACCUGUCAGUAUUCCCAGCCCUUUUGUUAAUGGGCACAGAGAAAAAUGCUCAUUUUUACUUAAGCCUACUACAGGAACAUUUCUAAGAGGGUACGAUGGAAGUUCUGACCUUCAUGUUGGAAUAACCAGUACUAAUGGUUUGGUAUAUAAUUACAAUGAAACAGGAAUCAACAGAGGUGAACAUGGAUGGGAACAAUGUGUAAAUGUCCCUCUAGUGCAGCCUGACAUGUAUGCUCUGCUCAAACAAUGGGAUACAUACCUAGAACAAUUCUCAGCAGCAGAGAUCUGGUUUCCAUACAGGUAUGAAGAACAUGUUCACAACUGUUAUACAUAUGCACUAACAUUUAUUAACUGUGUGUUGAGUGCACAAGGAAAGCAGCAAAUAACUAAAAGUGAAUUUACAGAGAAAUUUGUUAUUCCGCGGACAAGGAAAGCUUCCAAGUAUAUCACUAUCUACAAGGAAGUAUGCAAGAAUGGCUUCUACAUUGUUGACCGUCUUGAGCAGGAGAACGACAAUUCCACAGGGAGUCAUUUAUUAUAAAAAAAUCGAAUACAGAUGGCAGCG